CUCACUGACCCACUCACUCAACUGGCUGUGUCAUAGUGUCGAAUUAAGUGGGGACGUGUGCCAUGUGUGCAAGUCUCCCACAGCCACAGAAGUGAAUGAAUUGAGCAUACACACCUACCUACACGUACAGUAAACGCACUCGUUCGUCCGCUCACUCACGCCAAUCAACGAACGACACACGAAAAGAACCAAGGGAACGAAGGGAUUAGAAGCAAGGAAAGAAGGAAAGAAGAAUGAACUACAAGAGAAGACAGCACGCUCCCCCUCACUCACCACACGCCCACGAGGGACAAAGAGAGACACACACAUGACGCCCACACGCACCGCUCCACUCACUGCUCCCAUCUGUCACAAAUACAAUCCAUCCAUUCCCCCCACCAUCACAGCACGGCACAGCACAGCCACGAACAUGCACCCGGCUAUCUAAUUUCCUAUGGCGCCAUGAGGCCUUCCACGAUCUUCUGGAUGGCUCCUCCUCUCCGUCCUGGGACGGCCGGCGCAUUGCCCGCUGACCUCCUCGACGGAGCCAUGAGUCCCUGCAAGAGCUUCUCAAAGCUCUGCUCCAGGCGGCCGACCCGACCCAGAAGCUCUUCAAUGGUCUUCUUCAUAGACUGGUUGCCCGUCCUCAGCUCCUCGUUGGCCUUCUUGAGGCCCUCAAUCGUCUCGGCCUGGUUCUUGUCGGCCUUGAUGUCGUCUUGAGCAGCGGCCAUUUUGACAAAGUCAAUCCGGCCCGACGACUCAUCACCGGCAGUGGCGCCCUCUUCCAGACGAGCAAUGCGAUCCAGCAUGGCCUCGUUGGCCUUUCUUAAGCCGUCCAUGGCCUUGUUCAUAUCCUCGUUGGCCGUCCUCAGCUCCCCAUUGGCCUUCUUGAGGCCCUCAAUCGUCUUGGCCUGGUCUUGCCCAACAGCCACCUUCCGCAGCGCCUCAAUCGGACCCAGCGGGCGCUGCUCAUCGGCACCACUGUCCUGCUCCAGCCGCGUGAUGCGAUCCAUCACGGUCUCAUUGGCUUUCCUCAAUCGCUCAAGCGUGUCGUUAACGUCAGCCAUUGUCCCGGUAAGGCUAUCGAUGUUCUUGGCCAUCCCCUUGUUGGUCUUGUUCAGUCGCUCCUUUUCGUCGAUAUAGUCGUCGAUAAGGUCUUGAGUGACGGCCAUUUGUGUGUAGAGCAGUUGUGUCAUGUCGAUGGUCAGUUGGCCAGCAGGCCCCUCUCCCUUCUGCGCAUCGCCACCUUGUUCGUCACUGGCCCGGGACACGAACGUCUUGACUGCCGAUGGGAAGACCUUCUGGACCUGAGCAGCUGCCAGACCGAGCCGCGCAUCGCCGUCAGAGAGCACACGCAGCUGUCGGAACGCCUGAUACGCCGCCGACCGAUCAGUGUUGCUCCACUCGGCCAUCGAUGAGGGCACCUGUUCGCCGUCUGCGAGUCGGUCGCUGCCUCGUACCUCGAAGGCGCCGGCAACAACACGGCGGCUGACGGUUUCGUCCCCGCAGUGGCACUCCCUUAAGGCCACGAGUUCGGUGGUGGUGACGCCGUCAUCGAUCAACGCUCCUCCCUGCACCAGCAGAUUCCCCUCCGCGAGGAUGUCGCCAUUCUGUCCAUUCAGGACAGGAUUGCCCGAGAUUAUCUCUGCAUCGAGAAAGACAGCCAUCACACAGAGGGAACAAAAGAAUAAAGCACGGUAGUGCGUCGGUCGAUCCUCACUCUUGCAGCCGCCUGCGUCUGCCCUGCAGCCAGUCAGGACACACCAUCACAAACAUCAUUCCAAUCCGUUCAAUUUCAAACGCGCCCGUCAGUCUUGUUUUAUACAGCCGCUCACUUUUUGUCGGCGUCACAAUCGGCUUCCUUCUGCAGCGUCUCCGCCAACCGGUUCAGGAGAGCCUCGUCGUCGUCGUCGUUAUCGCCGGCAGCCCUGACAUUGCUGCCAGACGUCUGGGCGGUCGAACCCGUCGAACCCUCUGUUGCCGUGUCCUUGGCUGCGGGGCGGUACUCUGACCCGUCAAGAUUGAAAUAACUGAAGCUCGGGUCCAGGCCACUCCCCGACUGCUGUGCGGCGACGGUGAGGCACGCAGCGAGGAGGAAAGUCACGCGGACGGCGGCCAUUUGGUGUGCCGG